AGGCUCACGGAGAAAAAAAAAAAAUUAAACCCAUCGGUGGGAUAACGGUAGUAAGAAUAUGCAACUAAAGAAGAAAAGAACCCUAGCAUUGUUACUUCAUUGUCGUCAGUUUUGUGGGAACAGAGGAAAGAAGAAGAGUUUGGUUCAGAUUUAAAGUCUGAAUUGUAGCAAUGACUAAGAGCAAGGUUGAGAGCAAGAAACGAACGAGGCAAAGGAAUGGUGUACGAAACAAAACGAACAAAGAGGAGGAGCCACGCCUUAUUCUUUCAGCUUCUGCUACCGGCACAAAGUCGAAGGAAUCCUCUUCCUUUCUCGAAAAGAUGCGAGCGAGGUUGUCUGGUGGGCAUUUCAGGAUGAUUAACGAGAAGCUCUACACUUGCACUGGAAAGGAGGCGCUAAAUUAUUUCCGGGAUGAACCAUCCCUAUUUAACUUGUAUCAUGCAGGAUACAAAAGCCAGAUGUCAAAUUGGCCCGAACAGCCAGUUAAUGUAAUUAUUAAGUGGCUGAAAAAACAGAGUCCUUCUUUUGUAGUUGCUGAUUUUGGUUGUGGGGAAGCACUCAUUGCUAAAAGUGUGAAGAAUACAGUGUUCUCUUUGGAUCUUGUGUCCAAUGAUCCAGAAGUAAUUGCUUGUGAUAUGGCAAAUGCUCCCCUUGUCUCCUCAUCUGUUGAUGUUGCUGUCUUCUGUCUUUCGUUAAUGGGAACCAACUAUCAGAGUUACCUUGAAGAAUCAUGCAGGGUGCUUAAGCCAGGUGGCUGGCUUUUGAUAGCAGAAGUAAAGAGCAGGUUUGAUCCAAAUACUGGAGGAGCAGACCCUGAUAAGUUUUCAAGUGCUAUUUCUGAGCUAGGUUUCAACUCUGUAAAAAAGGACUUCUCAAAUAAAAUGUUUAUUUUGUUUUACUUCACAAAAAAGGAAAAGCAUAUUUCUAAAAGGAAGGAAAUUGAAUGGCCAAUGCUUAAACCUUGUCUGUACAAGCGUCGUUGAGAUUAUGUUUUUUUUUUUUUUUUUUUUUGGGGGGGGGGGGUGUCACUCAAUUGUUAUCUAGAGAACAGUUAAAUCCUUUUCUUUUCUUUUUCGUGUUAGCAUGGCCAGCUAAUCACAAAAGUUGUUGAGAAACAUGGUUGAAUUAUAAGAGUAGAAAAUUAUAGAGAAAAUAGAUUAUUCAAAUCUCUAUAAUUGUUAGAAUGAAAUGUGGCGAGUACAAAUGUGUUCAUGUAAUGAUUUAUAUACAAGAGGUAAUUCUAACUAACCAUAGUUACUAACUCCGAACUAAUAAUUGUCUCUAACACUUCCUGUAAGCUGGAAGUUGCAUACAAGUAUUUAUAGCUUGAGAUGACUAAUACAAAGUAAAAUAGAAUGAGUAAUUAAGAAAGAACACUUACACAAUGAAAAAUUCAUAAUCACAUUAGCAAAAUAGAAUGAGAAUGUGUUUAGCCACCAUAAAAGGUAGAAGUUAUAAUAGCAAUGACUUAAAUUAAUUUUCUUUGUACUUUUUGUGCAAGAAUCCAUCGAGUAAGAUCAUAUCACGUGUAGUGUGAACAAAAGGCGAAGGCAUUAUAAUAUCACCAAAUAAAAUCUUCAGAACAUCGACUGUAUGAUAUGAAAAUAUCUUGACCAUUAGUCCCUUUGGAGAGCUGCUUCAUAUUGCACAAGACGCAAAUUGAAUCAACGCAAACUUCAUGCCAUAGACAAGAAUGAGAAUGCUUGCGGUACCACACUUCAGCAGGCAAGCAAGUAGAAGCAUCAUUAGAUACACGCCAUGAUCAGGACAAAAUAGCAAUACCCUUAGUAGGGUCCACAAAUGGAUGCUCCAAGAACAUCAUUAACAAUCAUAGUCAAAGGCGAAGUGAAAUGGAUCUAAGAUAGAAACCAAGAAUAGUUGCAAAGAUUUAAUACAAGUCUUCAAAUACAUAUCCAAAAUCAUUAUUCCCCGGAAGCUUUGACACCAAUCAACAUUGAAAGAGGGUUCUAUAUCAUGGAGGAAUCAAGAAAGUAGCAGUCUUUUUUAUGAAAUUCAAAAGAAAUGACGGGAAAAUGAAGAAAAUGAAAGUGAAUGAAAGGAAAUCAAUGAGCUCUCGGAUCUCUGUAGCAGUGGAAUAGAGUUUGCUUUCAUGGUGAGUACCAUGGCUCCAAUAGCAUGAUAAGAAACAUCGUUAAGCCAUAAGAGAAGAGAAAAUAGAUUAAUCAAAUCUCUAUUAUUGAUAGAAUGAAAAGAGGUUAGUACAAUGUGUUAGUGUAAUGAUUUAUAUGGUAAUCCUAACAAACUCCUACUAAUAACUAUUUUUUCCAACUUCUCAACCAUAUCCAACCAAAGUUAUUGUAGUAUUUAUUUCCUUUACCUUAUUUCAUUUCUUUGAUUUAAAAUGUGUCGUGAGUUUCCUUGAUUACAAAAUACACUACACCCUAUCAAAUAUCUAAUCAGGUGACUUCACAUAAAAAUAUGUUUCGCCUUUGGAUAUGGAUGCUUUUGUACAAAAAGAAAGAAAGAAAAAGAAAAAUUUGUGCAGUUUGUGAAUAAUCUUAUUGGGUAGAAAGCGAUAAAUACUUCAUUUACUUCCACGCUGAUAACACCCGAAACGAAAUUUACAGCCACUCAACCAGUUCCAAUGCAUUGGGAUCGUAAAACUCAACUUCCAACGUGUAAACCAAUCGACUUGAAGUAAGACCAUGUGUAUGAGAAUCACAAGCAUUGCGCCAAUUUUGCAUUGGUCAUGUAGAUACGCAACCUGUGUUUUUAAAAUUUUGCAUUGACAAUUGAGAAUCCAAUUUCAUUAAUAACUAUCCAGAAAAUAUUAAAAUGAGAAAUGAAUUGCAUCAAUCAAUUCAAUUAUCAUGUACCUUUAAGUUCUCUGAAAUUUUGAAAUGCGCUAUUCAAAGACAGCUCUGUCUGCUUUAGGUAAAAUACGAAUACUGGCCACACAUUUUCUCAAAAUUUGACAGUGACACUACAAAAAAAUCACGAUAUGAAAAGAGAAAGUAACAAGACAACUUAAUCAUAAGUAAACAUAAUAAAAAUAGUACGAAAGAGGUAAAGAUGAAAAUUAUAACUUCAAAUCCAACCAGAUAUAUAUCUUCCUGCAUUUUCCACAUGACUAGUUAAACUGUACAAUUCAACAAGAAAUGUACAAAGGUAACCAUGCAGAAGCUAGAAGAUGGUACAUCAUUAUUCAGUGUCUUCCUCGUCGUCACCAUCUUCAACAUUCCCAACAUCAUCUCCAAUGCCUUCAAGUACUUUGUCCACAUCCUCCCCCAACUCAAGCAAUCUAGCACUAAGUCUAUCAACCUUGCUCUGUUCUUGCCCUAGACAAACUAGCAGCUUCUUCAGCUUUUAUUGCCUCAGCAUCUACGGAUGUUGCAGGCCCUCCACUCUUCAGCGAUUUCACCUCCUUCUCCAGUUGUAUGUUAGAUUGUUCAAUACUAUUGCAGGCAGCAGAAAGACUCCUUAAAUCAGCUUCCAUCUUUUCAGAUAAAUUCUGGUACUUCUUUGCCUCAGAUUCAACUUUAGCCUUUUCUGCCUUAAGCAUCUCCAACCUUCGAGAUGCUUCUUGGAGAUCUGUACUGAGAACAUUGAUUUGGAUCUGAGCUCCCACUCACUCUUUGCUCAGACUGGAAAAUUACUACCCCCACCUGUCCUAGCCAGGUCCCCAGCCAAAGUAGCAUUUCGUACAAGGAGGUCCUGAAAUGAAAAGAAUAAAAUACAUGCUAACAUUUGCCAAACUUAUUUAACAGUGAUAUUUGCACACUCCAGAGACUCCUUAACAUACUCUUAUUCUUUUGUCGAGAUCUAUGUCAAAUUCAUGGAAUAAACCAGUAUUGCCAAUGGUGAAUGGCAAGCCCAAAGAGGCAAGCCAAAAAUCCACCAUGGGUGAACCGUGAAGGAUGGUGGCCAAGAUUUUUUUAAAAUGCUUACUCCUGUAGAACAAAAAUAAAAGUCUAACAACUUAUGUAAAGAACAAUAAACAUAAAAAAAAAACUUUUAGUAAAACUCAUCAGAAGUAUAACAAAUUCAAAUAAAGACAGUAGCAAAAGAAAAAUGUAAAUCACAGAAUUUCACUUGUUCAAGUACACAAAACAGCUAUUUGUUCACAAGUGGGUUGAUAACAAAUUUACACAAUCAAUCAGUUGGCUACCCUUGAGAGACAAGGGGAAAAACCAAGAAUCAAAGAUGAGUAACAAGCACAAGAGAGCCAGAAAUAAUGACACGGGAUACAUGAAAUUAUGCAGAAAUAGAAAGAUAGAUGCAAGAGUCAGGAGAUGCAAGGAUUUUGUCAAACUGCAGUCUAAUGUCUAUUUUUUAAAUAUUUAGACACAAAUUUUCCAAAAAUACUAAAAUACUUUUCCUAAGCAAGGUGAAGACAUGGGAUGAAGAUGAGGGCAGAUUAGAAAAUUUUCAUCUUUAGCCUUAACUCAGGUUAGAAUAUAGGA